UUUUCUUUAGUAGUGUCUAAGAAAAAAUAAAUAAAACCCCAAAAAGAAAAAAAUGGCCAUGGUCAUGGACAAAUAGCAAUGAAAGCAUAACAAAAAUGGAUUUCUUCUUCAAUGAACAAAACCCAUUUUUCUUUCUUCAUUACCCUUUAGCAGCAAGCACUAUACUCCAUAGGGAACUAAGAACAGAGAAGCAAGGACAACCCAAUAAAGUUCUUCAUCAUGAAAUUUCAUAUUCAAGCCCCCUUUUUGGGUCUCACACACUGAAAGGUGUGAGGAUUAUGCAAUUUGCUUUUUGCUUUCAACCAGAAUGGCAUCACACAAUUAUAUGGCAAGUGCCAAAUCUGUAUCUCUUCAUUGUAUAAGUUCAGGUGUUUCUCAAUCUGCCAUUGCUGCACUCUUUUGUAAAAUCAAUUUCGGCCAGAAGCAAUUCUCUACUUGCUGUUUCGGUUUCACUCAACCUUGUUUGAUUGACAAGUUCAGGAGGAUGACAUGGUCUAUAAGAAGCAGCUUAAACGACAGUGGUUUUAGUCCUUCCACUUCUAACGGUACCAAUGGAAGAACACGCAUAAUCCGAGUGAUUCAAGAGUUUCAGACCACGUUAGGUUCGAAGAUUCAGGAAGUAAAGAAAAAUCUUCCGCUGAAGCUUCUUUCCUUCCUGGUUGGUUUUUAUUGCGCUACUGCAUUUGCCACUGUUAUCGGACAAACAGGUGACUGGGAUAUUCUAUCUGCUGGCUUAGCCGUGGUUGUUGUGGAAGGCAUCGGCGCUCUCAUGUAUGGAACUUCUCUUCCAUUUGUUAGCAAAGGAAUCUGACAAAUCUGGUUUGACGAACUGCGGCUGCCUCUCACACUUAUUUAAAUUAAGCAGAAGUCCUUCCAUGUGAGUUGGAUUUUCGCAGUGAUAAUGACACGCAGUCUGUUCGGUUCUCCAUCACAGAUAUGUUUGAGACAUGUGAAAGUGUCACUUCUUUGGACAUAAUUUAGACUGUAAUUUCUAAGGUUAGCAUUGCUGAAAGCCAUUGCUCAAAUUAAGAAGGUAGUCCAUUCAAGCUGUUAUGUCAGUCAUCAGUAUUUAUGAUCAGCAGAGCAAUAGUUUUGACUUAGAUAAUUAAAGGACAUUGAAGCAAUCGGCAACUUCAAUUUUUACCAUAGAUGGAUACUGAGUUCUGUUUGAUCAAUGCUACAGUCCUUCAUUCCCUUAUUCUUAAGUUGGUUCAUCUUGGUGUUGAAUCUUUGCUGUCAGGGUUGCUGGUAUUCAAGUUCUUGAAGGUCAUUCUGACAGCAGAACAAACAAACCAAACUUUUUAUUGGCUUGUGAGUCGUGAGCACAGAUGAUGAACCACAAAUCCUUUCGCAACAUGUUAGUUAUUGAAACCAAGGAAACUCGAUUCAGUUCUUGGCCUGGUGAUUUCAUAUUUUAAGUCUGGCACAAGAUUGGCUCAUGCAGUGAUGUGAUUGUGAAUCAUCUUCUUGCAAGAACUCCAAGAUUGUUUGUCAUCUGCUGCAGGCUCCAUCAAGUAAUGCAGAUGAUGACAUAUGUUGAUUCACAGAUUUUGUUUAUAUAUGGUAGACUCCUGCAACAUGUUUUGUGAAGGUUAUAUAUAAUGUUUAGAGAGUCUUUGCAUUUCUGGUGUACAUUUGGAUCUUGAAGAUUGUGGUCUUGUGGAUGUAAAUAUCACUUUUUGAUGAACCUCGAGUUUUGGUGAAAGUAUAUAUGAAAUUACUUUUUAGUUUAGCAAAAA